GGAAACGGAAAUAAACAGAAAAAUACAGCAAUUUUUCACCAUUUCAAGUCGGGCGAGGUAGAAGAGCUCAACCUCAUCAACGAUUAAACAGAAUUAGAGUGGACUCUAGGGUCUUUAAAACGAGAGAGCGAGUGUUGGCCCUCACAGUUGUUUUCAAGAGUUUCUCGCCGUGAUCUUUAUGUGAGGAUCGCGACGGGAGGAGAGACGCGGGGCUGACAGACAGAGACAGAGAGAGAGAGAGGCAGGGAUAUAAACUGCAUCAGGAGGCAUCAUCCACUGCUUUGAACCUUACCACAUAGGUGUCCGUCAGGCUGUAUCAUGGAGGCCAUCGCCAAGUAUGAUUUCAAAGCAACUGCAGAUGAUGAGCUGAGUUUUAAACGUGGGGAAAUAUUGAAGGUAUUAAAUGAAGAGUGCGAUCAGAACUGGUAUAAGGCAGAAUUAAACGGCAAAGAUGGUUUCAUUCCUAAAAACUACAUCGAGAUGAAGGCACAUGCGUGGUUCUUCGGGAGAAUCCCCAGGGCCAGAGCGGAGGAGAUCCUAAACAAACAGAGGCACGACGGAGCCUUCCUCAUUAGAGAGAGCGAGAGCGCGCCUGGAGACUUCUCCCUGUCCGUCAAGUUUGGCAAUGAUGUACAGCACUUCAAAGUGUUGCGUGACGGGGCUGGAAAGUACUUCCUGUGGGUCGUGAAGUUUAACUCUCUCAACGAGCUAGUGGACUAUCACCGCACCACUUCCGUUUCUCGAAACCAACAGAUCUUUCUACGAGACAUCGAGCAGGUGCCUCAGCAUCCAACAUACGUGCAGGCCCUGUUUGACUUCGACCCUCAAGAGGACGGCGAGCUUGGCUUCAGACGCGGAGACUUCAUUCAGGUCCUGGACAACUCUGACCCCAACUGGUGGAAGGGCGCCUGUCACGGCCAGACGGGCAUGUUUCCACGCAACUAUGUCACGCCUGUCAAUCGGAACAUGUAAAGGAAAAAACCAAGCGAUUAGUGAAUAAAUUGUAAUUAACGGCCCCUCACAUUCACAUACAAUCAGACUACCCUACAUCUCCCCGUCAACACCCGUAAGUCCUGUGAAAUUUAAAGCGGCAAAGAGGAAUGGAAAUCGUGACUGAAAACAAGGAGAGGAAAAAAAAAAAAAAAACGAACGUAGCGGAGAGGCUGGACGUUUCCACCUCUGCCGUGGUGCCCGGGCAAAACUAUUAUUCCUGAGAAUCGUGAUGUCUUCAUGAACGUUUGCAGUCCAGACUGAGCUGUUAGGGCGAAGGAAAGGCUGAAUCCUAGCAUAGUAAAACACACAUAAAUUAAAACAACAAUGAUUCUGUCUGUAGAUUCAUCCUGCUGCUUCUGGCUUCUUUUCUAGUCUGCGAAUAGAAUGUUUUUUUUUUUGGUUAAUGUUUUUUGUUUUUGUUUUGGCUGCAUGUUUAAAUCUCUUUAUAAUAGUAAAUCCUGAAGCUGUUUUUAAAAAGGAAAAAAAAAACAUUCUAAAAAUAUAUAAAAAUGUAAGCGUAAAAACUUGCAAACGCAUUGUACAUCUGGGCUGUGGAAGAAAAAAAAAUCACCUAUAGAGAGAAUCCAUUUUUUUAAGAAUAUAUAUAUUAUAUAUUUGUAUGUGUCUGUCUGUUUUACCUUUUCAACACUUUUUUUUUUUUUUUUUUUUCCAAUUGUAAAUUAUGUUAAUUUUUUUGUGGGAGGGCAGGUGAAACUAAGUGGCUCUGAGACAUGCUAAUUUUAUGAGCAUCUCGGAUGUAACACCGUAUUAUUUAACACAUCAUGUAUUCCAUUUGACAUCAUUCUUACUUGUUUUAGAACCAAUAGUGGAGCGUAUCCUUGGCGACAGCGAUUCAUCGCCGAGGAGCUUCCGAUCGUGCAGGAGUUGAUCUAAUGUGAAAAACCUGACGGCUAGCCACCAUUUUAAGCCAAUGUAUUUAUUGCAGCCACUUUUUAUUUGUCUUGGGAUGUGAAUGUAGCCGACAUCACUCUCCUCACGAGGAACGUCAGAUUGGAGAGCUGAACCACAGUUGCAUGAUUUCAGUUCACAGUGUCCAUGUCGAAAAGCUGUUCACGUAACUAAACAAUUUAAAAUCAUGAGAUUUGGUGUGGAAAAGCUGGCAGACGCCAGUUAAGCCAGUAAGAAGUAAGAAACCAGAGAGUUUUGUUAUAUUCGAGUUGUCACAUCUACUAAUGUGGUGCGUUCUGUUUGUUUUCUUUUGUCUUUUCAGUGUUGUAUGUUUUAGCUCUUAUGUAUUUUUGACCCCCUCCUCCUCCUCUUUGUUUAAUUUUUUUUCUGUGACGUUUUUUGUUCUCUCUGGAUUAGUGCCUUUUUCUCUGGUGUGUGACAGUGUCUCCGGCUUGCUGCUUUAGCCUGAGCAUUGGGCUUCGUCAGAUCCGCAGUGAGAAAUCAUGUCCUCCUCUUCCUCCUGAACACAUCUGCACACAGUCGCUCCUAUUUAAAUGUCUCGCCUUUUUCUUAACUUC